UGAAAUAAUAAAGGGAGGGAACAUGAACCGAGGUGCGGAGAAACAUUAGACGGUGCAGAGUGCUUUUCUAGAACGAGAGAGAGAGAGAGAGAGAGAGAGAGAGAGAGAGAGAGAGAGAGAGAGAGAGAGAGAGAGAGAGAGAGAGAGAGAGAGAGAGAGAGAGAGAGAGAGAGAGAGAGAGAGAGAGAGAGAGAAGAUCGAGGGAUAUUAUCUGAGCUGCUGGGAGACAACGUUCUCAUGGCUGCACAAAGAGAGAUGAAAGGGAAGAACCCCUGGCAUCGACCAGUGACCAUCCUCAUCGCUGUCCUCGGCGUCAUAGCGAUCGUUGCCCUGGUGACGGUGACAGUGAUGCAGAACCAGCCUCUCCAUCAGAAGUACAAGUAUGGCAUUGUUCUGGAUGCUGGCUCGUCCCACACAGCAAUGUAUAUCUACCAGUGGCCCGCAGAGAAGGACAACGACACAGGGAGAGUCCAGCAGACCCACGCCUGCAAGGUCAAUGGCCCUGGGAUCUCCAGCUACUGGUCGUCUCCGAGCCAGGCCGGGGACUCUUUGAGGAAGUGUCUUCAGGACGCUGAGCGCCAAGUGCCCCUCAGCAGGCACCAGGAGACCCCCCUGUACCUGGGGGCUACCGCUGGCAUGAGGCUGCUCAGCAAAGAGAACCGGAGUGCUUCGAGUGAGGUGUUUAGAGCAGUGGAGAGGGAGUUGCAAAGGUUCCCCUUCUCCUUCCAGGGAGCUAGGAUCCUCACAGGUCAGGAGGAAGGAGCCUUCGGCUGGGUCACUGUCAACUACCUCGAUGAUCGCCUCCGACAGGGCUUGGGAACUAGAGGAGCUCUUGACCUGGGCGGAGCCUCCACACAGAUCAGUUUUGUGUCCAAUCAGGAAGUGGAGUCAUCGGAAAACGCUGUAGCCUUUCGUCUCUAUGGAAACGACUACCACCUGUACACUCAUAGCUUCCUUUGUUAUGGUAAAGACCAGGUGCUAAAACUAGCCCUGGUCCAGCUCACAGAGUCAGGUGAAAGGCAAGUAUCAGACCCAUGUUUCCACCCAGGCUACAACGUCACUAAGGAAUACUCAGCUGUGUACAACAGCCCCUGUGUGACAGCCAGGAAAUCAAAGGAAACCAGUUUCACCCACAUUGGAACAGGAAAUGCAUUAAAAUGCCAGGAAGUGGUCAGAAGAGUCUUAGAUUUCGGCAGAUGCAACUUCAGCUCCUGCUCCUUCAACCAGGUCUACCAGCCACCCUUGAGAGGAACCUUCAGGGCCUUCUCAGCCUUUUACUUUGUGAUGAACUUCCUGAAUCUGACCUCUGACCCUUUGGAGAGAGUCAAGGAGAAACUAGAGCACUACUGUGCUACACCCUGGACACAGGUAAAGCAGGAUCAUCCAGAUAUCAAGGAGAAGUACCUGGCUGAGUACUGUUUCUCUGGGACCUACAUUGUCACCUUGUUGACGGAAGGCUACAACUUCACGUCAGAAAGCUGGAAUGACAUCAAAUUCAUCAAGAAGAUAUCAGGGAGUGACGCUGGCUGGACGUUGGGCUACAUGCUGAACCUGACCAACAUGGUCCCAGCAGAGGCGCCUGACACGCCCCCUCUCCCCUACGCAGGCUUCGUCACCAUAGUGACCUGCAUGGCCUUGCUACUCGUCUUCCUUCUGGUCCUCAGUCUUCGCUCCUACUGGCCACGCUGUCGCCCCGCCCAGACACGGAUCAUAUGAACACUCCAUCAUGCUCUGUAUAGCAGCCAUAUACUGUGUGUGUGUGUGUGUGUGUAUGUGUGUGAGCGAGACAGAGAGAAUUUGUGUUUGACUUGUGACAUGAGAAUGUGAAUAUGAUGUUAAUACAAUCAUGUUUAUAAGAAAGGACACUGAUUACUGAAACUCCGACCAAUUUGUCCUCAGCUGCCAUCAUUUAUUGACAAUGUAUUGAAUGCUGGAUGAUUCCUCCAUAUUUGUAAUGUAACUGUCAAUGGAGACAAGCUGAUUUGAGCACAGAAUGCAUGCUUUAAGACUAUUCAAUGGUCAGUGUUCAUCAUGAUCGUCAAUGGAGAUGGCGAGUCAACGCACAUACACACACGUCAGUAACAUACUGACCUCUGGUGGUGAGAGGCGGGACGCCAGUUCUGCAUAUUGUAGGUAUGUACACUGUUUUUAAAUCAUCAUCUCAUUAAUAAGACUAACCAACAAACUGGAAGUAAGGUGAGACUUCAAGCUAUUCUACUCCUUACUCCUUUGAAUCCCCUACAUACAUAAGCUCAUUAUGUACAGGGCCAAUGGAAUAUGUAAAUACCUCUGUAGCUUUAUAAAGAAUGUAAUUUGACAUGUAAAGUCUAAGAUUAUCUUUCGGGGGGGAUUGUGCCCCUUGGGUUUUGACUCAAACAGGAAGCCACAGCCUAAGUUUCCAUCCAUUUGAGACCAAAGCCCUUCCUUUGUGUCAAAGAUACAGGUCUUAUCUGAAAGGAAUAAAAUAGAAAAAGGAGAAAAAUA